UCCCCCGCCCUCACGCCACGCCGCGCUUGCGCAGUGCUUCCCCCACGUGUGCUCUCUGGGUGUUGUGUGCGGGUGCCGCUGAGCUCCCGGAGAUCUGCAACUUUGGUGUCCGAGCCUUCUCGGCUGCUCUGUACGCAGACUUCCGAGUCUCGCAGCUGGCGCCGCAGUCAUGGGCAAGAGCAAGAACAAGCGUUUCAAACGGCCCCCGUUCUCUCCCACCGGUGAGUGUGAAGCAGCGGAGAACGAGGAGCCCGGAAUGGACGACUCGCCGGCAGUGGAGCUCCUUGAGAAGCUCCAGCACCCGACCGCCGAGGUCCGCGAGUGCGCUUGUGCGGGGUUGGCGCGGCUAGCGCAGCAGCAGCCCGCCAUCUCGGCCCUCACUCGGAGGGAUGCGGUUCGGCAGCUCGGGCCGCUGCUGCUGGACGCCAGCCUGGCGGUGCGGGAGACCGCGGCCGGCGCGCUGCGAAAUCUCAGUGCUUGUGGAGGUUUUGAAGUUUGUGAUGACAUGGUUACCAAGGACAUCAUGACACCACUUGUUGCGCUAUUAAAAGAGUGUAGUGUUGGAUUAGAUUCUCCUGAAGUCUCUUUGAAGAACAAAGAACUGAAUAAAAAUUAUGUUGAAGACAUAGCUAAUGAGGCUGUGAAUGUACUAUGGAAUAUAUGUGAAUGCAGUAGUAGAGCAGUAUCUAUAUUCAACAAAGAAGGGUGCUUGGAGAUUGUAUUAAAGUAUUUAAGUAGGUUUUCCACCAAUGUUGACCUGGCUAUUUCAGUAGCAUUUUGUUUACAAGCGGUGACAGAGGAUAACCCAGAACUCUUAAAAUCUUUUACUGCUCCAGCUCUGCAGGUUCUGGAAUCAGCAAUGUUGUCACCCAUCACUUCUAUGAAACACACUCUUCUGAAAACAUUAGUGGCAGGGACAGUAUGGAACCUAAAGGAUAUUCUUCCCUCCAAGAGUCAAGCAGAUACCAUAAAUGCACUCCUGAAGAUUUUCUCUGAUGUUUUAGAAAUAGAUGUUGGGGAAGUUGUUAUUCAGAUGAAGGAAGCUGAAACUCAAAGGUUAAAUGCUGCUGCAGAGACUGAGACGGAGCAAACAGAAGAAAUGAAUGGUGAUAAUUUGAAUGAAGAUGAUGAAAUGGAAGACGUUCCCCACAAAAGAAAAGUCAGAAGGAAAACUUUCAUUUCAGAUCUACUUCCACCAACUGAAAAAGAAUUGAAAGAGACAGUAGCCUUACUCACAGCUCAACAGAUUGCCCUAGAGAUUAUUGUCAACAUGUGCUGCAGUGAUGAUCCUUCUGAUGAUGAAUGGGAUGAGUUUUCUAGUAGUGAUGAAAGUGAUGCAUUUAUGGAUAAUUCCUUUAAUGAACUCAAUGGACAGCUAAUGUCCCCACUCUGCCUUUCUGCUGAGGUUCAUGCUGCUCUUACAAACUACCUCAUUCCCAAGAAGAUUUUUGAGAAAAUUACCUUUCCAAACAGCAUGGCAGUUGACAUCUGUUCCAGAAAUCCUACUUGGAAGCCAUUAAUUAGAAAGAUGAACACUAUACAAUGUAGAGCGCUUGUGUGCCUCCACAGUAUCUUGUCUGUUUUGGAUGUAGAUUCUCUUGGAGGAGCUCCAGCACUUCAGACACUGGCGCAGCACCUGUCACAACUUGUUUUUUCUCAGCCAGAUUUUGCCAAACACACUGAAUUCCUAGAAGCCAUAAGUAGUGCGUUAAGGACUCUCUUGCAGAUAAUGGCAUCCAAGAACAUUUCCCAGUGUAUGACUCCUGAGCAACUGAUGUCAUUAUGUGAAGCUGGCAUUCAUAGUAGUAAUAUUGGCGUUAGAGUAAAUGUCAUUAGCAUUCUAGGAAUUACAGGCUGUGUCCUAGCCAAAGAAAAUGGUACAUGUGAAACACUGAAGACUAUUGGAAAAUUUCUUCUUGAAGUGGCUACCAAAGAUUCUUCUCUUGUAGUAACUGGAGAAACUCUGGAUGCCAUAUUUGAUGUUUUUGCAGAUGGUAAAGAGGCUGAAAAAGCAGCAGUUGAGAUCAAAUUAUUAUCUGCCCUAAAAGAAUUCCAACCAGUUUUCAAAAUGAAGCUACGAAAAGAAGGCAGAGGAAAAUACAGUACAGAUCAACUUUGUGUACUUGACAAUGUAAAAAUGAACUUGAGAAGAUUUAUUGCUUAUCAGGAGACUGUAGAAAAAAGACUAACUUCUUGAAUUAUCAGAGAACUGAUUCUUUUCAUUUAUUUUAACUGCCACAAAAUCUUAUGUUUGCAAAAUUGGCCUUUAUUUUGUCUCUAAUGUCACAUAUUUUAGUAUAUGUGCAAUUGAAAAAAAUUAACUGUAUAUUUAAAGUUCUUAAAUAUUUUUUGAAGUGGUAGAAAUAUGUCUUGAAUGCCUUUGGAAAGUUCUGCACAGUUUGAUUUAUGUUUUAAAUUAUUUUGUUGUGGACUGUCAUUAUUUCACAGAGAAAGUAGUAUUUUAAAGAGUUGGAUAGUUGUGAACUAAGCUGUGAAUAAUGGAAAAACCACUAAAUGAUCAUGUUUAAAAGAAUUUUAUAAAAAGGAUCCCCUCAACAACAGUAUUUAUGAUAGGAAGUAAAUAUUUCCUAAAUUUAAAAAGUAAAAACCCAUAGAAGAGGAAAUUAUCACCUGAGCCAUUCCUUUUGUGUUUACCUCUUCUAACCUUGUGAGGUGAUUCAAUUUGAAAUUUAUGAUUAAUAAGAGUAUGUAGUAAUUUUGAAAAUUUGAUGAAGAGAAUCUAAUCAAAAUUAAGUAAUUCACCCCUUCAAUUCACUGUGCUUAGAAAAUAAAGAGUUGAGGGAAGGAGUUUUGUUUCUGGGUUGUUGGGUUUUUUUAUUUUGUUUUGUUUUUUGAGAAGCUUUAUAUUGAAACUCUCUAGUUGUCUAACAAUUUGAUAUUUUAGAUUUUGGAUAAUUCAGACUUUGGACAUCUACUCACUAAUGUAUAUAGAAUUUUUAACAUACAUAAGACAUUUACUAGAGGUUUCUAGCCUUUUUUCUGAAGAGUACCAACUUUCUCCUACGGUCCAGUUUGAGACUAGACGAUAGGAAGAUAGAGAAUUUACAGUUUCUGGGGAGUGAAAAGUAUAGAGAGAGGAUUGGCUACUAACAUUAUCAUUUCCCUCAGGUGGGGAAAGAAAUGCAUGGUAGCAAUAUCCCUGUUGGAGAUGUGCCUAUCUUAAAUCUUAACUGUUCAAGCACAGUUAAUCUAUUGGGAAGUGAUAAUGGACAGUGUAUUUUAUUAGCUAGUUUUAUAGCUUUGUAAAAUAAGCUGCUGGUGAUUUCCAUCUUUCAUUUAUACCAUGUCUUUUAUAGUAUUUACAUAUAUAAUUCAAAUUUCUUAUUGAUAAGAUGAAGAAAUUAAAUUGGAUAUUGAAAAUAGAGAAUAUUCAAUAAACAAAUUGUAU